CUCCUUCACUCCUCUCCAGAAGAGGAGAAGAGAAAACACAAGAAGUUACCUGGUGCAGAGCCUCAACUCUAACUUCAUGGACAUGAAAUACCCAGGAUGCUGUAAAAUCACCACUGUCUUUAGCCAUGCACAAAUGAUAGUUUUGUGUGUUGGCUGCUCCACUGUCCUCUGUCAGCCUACAGGAAGACAAGCCAGGCUUACAGAAGGAUGCUCCUUCAGAAGGAAGCAGCACUAA